CGCCGAGAGCGAGGAAACGAAUUCUUCACGUCGGGCGAGUACGAGAAAGCUAACAACUUCUAUGAAAGCGCCUUUGACCUCCUGCUAUGUGAGGAGGGUGAGGGCUCGAGGGAGCAUCGGCGGAUAGUGGGGGACGAAAGGGCUCUACUGCUGACGAAUAGAGCCACCGUGUGCUACAAGCGGGCCAAGUACAACGAAACUAUCGCGUUCUGCAGUCAAGCGCUUGCGAUCCGAACGAACAUGAUCAAGGCGAAAUUCAGGCGAGCGCAAGCGAACCUGGAGCUGGGUCACUACGAGGAGGCGGAACGGGACUCCAGGAGCAUUUUAGAGAUGGAGCCGGAGAACCAG